CGCUCUGGGCGGCCGCCUAGGCGCCCGCCUAGGCGGAGGCGGUGCCCAGAGCGUUCCAAAAUGCCCUGGGCGGCCGCGAUUAGGCGCUGCGAGCGCCUAGGCGGCCGCCCAGGGCUAAACGGGCCGAUUACACGGGCCGCUUCAAAAUUCCAGCCCAAAAAAAGCGCUGGGCGCUCCCAAGAACCCGAAACCCAAAAACAAAACCCGAAACCCAAAACCCAAAACCCAAACUCAAAAGUAAAAAAAUCUAUCCCUAAAUCUCUUACGGUUUCACCGACGCCGCCAGCAAAAGGAAAAAAAUCAAAAAUUGUCUUCGUCGCUUCGAUCUCGUGCUGGCGUUUCGAGCUCUUCUUCAACCUCGUGCUGGACUUUCGAGCUCAUCUUCAAUCUCGUGUUGGAGCUUCGUCUUCGAUCUCAACCCAAGUUCGGUCUCGUGCUGGAGCUUCGUCUUCGAUCUCCGCCAAAACCCUAGUUCGAUCUCGUGCUGGACUUUCGAGCUCGCCUUCAACCUCGUGCUGGACUUUCGAGCUCGUCUUCAACCUGGGAGCUCAUUUUCGAGCUCGUCGUUCUCAUCUCCAACUUCGAGCUCGUCGAUCUCAUCCUCAUGCUGGACUUGCGUUCUCAUCUUCAACCUGUGUGGGUUGCUUGAUUUUUUGGCUUGUGUUUAAGAGAAAUCUGUCUUGAUUGAUUGGAAAGGUAAAAUCUGUGUUGAUUGGAAAGGUAACGUCCCUAAAUCUCUUGAAUUUUCUGUAUGUUUAACUGUUUAAGAGAGAUAGUAAGUUUAAUCCGCUGAUGUUUCAUGUUUGGUAGAUUCUUAUUACUUGUGAGGAUUUUUUAUUAUAUGUUCUUCAAUUUAGCAGGCUAGCGAAGUUGAGAUUUAUUGUUUCAAGCUUAAGGAAAUUAACUGCACCUAACCACCUAUGACUGUCAUUUAGUAUGUAUGAAUCUUUGAUUGACUAUUAUAGUUUGGAUAGUAUAUGUGUUGGUAUUUUUGUAUUUAUGCGU